AUGGUCACCUCAUCAUCGGGCACAUUCUCCCCUCCACCCAUCGAUCCUCCAUUCGAUUCUCCAUCAAAUCGUCUCUCAACACUACCAGAUAUCGACGGAAUCCUGCGAAAACAUCACUCGAGAAAACGUGUGACGUUCGAUUUGAAUCCCAAUUCGAUUCUGACGACUUCUGGAGCCACUCCACGUCUUCUACACUCAAUGAUGACGUCAUCUGCAACGUCUUCUGCUCAGAAUGAUGUUUUUGGAGCACGCGUUGACGGAAGCGUCGUCAGAAAACGCGCUCCUCCGACAACAAGUCGUCGAUUUGAAUUCGGCUGUUGA